AUGGCGCCCUCAUUUCUUGAAAAAGGUUUCUUUAUUUGUGUCUUGAGUUUCAAUCUUGGACCGGUGCUUGUUGCUGCAAUUCCAAACACAAUCACAGCUCCAGCAACUCUACCGACACCAGGAUCGGUAGCAAGACCGCUAGAGUUACGGCAAAGAGGUGAUCCCGCUGUAGCAUGCUGGAGUUCUUGGAGUAGCUACAGAUCGCUCUCAACAUCAAGUUAUAUGUCGAUUAUAAACCUUCCAGGCUCAACUGAGACAGUAUUGCCGACAUAUGUCGAAACAUACUACAACAUCGAAACAGUCGAUUACUCCAACGCCACUUAUGUCCCGCUAUGCCCCACGAACUGGAGUUGGCUGACAGAGAGGAGACCAACCACAACACUUGCAACAUCAUACUACACAAAUUAUGACUACUCUACUUGGUACCCACAGUCAGUGCCUCAAACCCUCAAACCUCCAUCGUGUACAUAUUCGCGCAGCUCACCUCAAUGCUCGAAACUCUGGUCCUCAUGGAGCGCAAGUAGCUCAGCCCUUUCCACAGCAACUGAUGAUUAUUUUGCCAUCUCCACAAUCCAAACUGACGGCCUCCCACCCUGCGAGGAGCCAGAAGUUCCAUGUCCGGAUUUCAAAGACCGCGUGUGUACAGUCAGGCCUGAUGCUGGAACACUUUACUACUGGCCAGUAACCACCACAGCAGGAGAUUUCUGUGAACAGAAUGGAACUACUGUAACGCCCACCCAGACGAAAAAAGGACACCCAAACACCGUUGUCAUUGGAACAAACACUUUCACCUCUCCUAGCGUUUACCUUGUUCUCAACACGUUGAACGGCUAUUACAGCAGCGCAGGCAGCGGCGUCCUCUCCCGCUACGGAAAAUGCGGCCCAACAAUCGAAGCCGUAACCCUCACUCUGCCACCCGCCGCCGUCUCCAGCGUCCGCUUCCUCGAACCCGAACUUGGCCAUCCAGUGAACUACGGCGAUCUCCCUCCCAAUCUCGUACCCGUCGAUCCCCUUCGCACCGCAUGUCCAUUUUUCAGAGCCUGCUCCGGGUGGGGACGAAGCGGGAUCAAGAACUAUGAGCCGUUUUUCCAGGUGCCGCAUGAGGUGCUAAAGGCGCAGUGGAGACAGUGGAAUAAUUGUACGGGGUGGGCGUAUGUGAGACCGAGUUUGAAGGCGUUGCAGGCGGAGUCGACGACGAAGGCGCCGCCGGGGGGUGUGAAGCCAACGGCCAGACCGAGCAAGGCGAGUACGGUGCCGCAUGUUACUGCGAAGCCGAAGCCUGGGAAGGGGUCAGAUGAUGAAGAGGAGGAUAGUUGGAGACAUCAUCGUCAUGAUGAGGAUGAAGAGGAUAAGUGA